GCCCGGAGCCCGGAGCCCGGAGCCGGGGGCGGCGACGGCGGCGGGGACGUCGGCCGGAGCUCCAGCCCCGUCCGGCCCUCAGCACGGCCAGCGGCAGAAUCUUUUCUCUCUUCAGAGGGAGGAUUGGAAGUACAUUUCGUGGGAUCAGCUGUCGAAGUUAUCACUGGGACUCCAGUCUUCCCUGAAACUUUUUUUAUAGCUUUAGGCAAAGAGCAGAAACCAUUCUCUUGGGACCAUUCAUAAGCAAGGGACACCAACACUGUGACAUAUGCCAGUGCCACCGCCUCCGCCACCACCUCCUCCUCCUCUGCCUCCGCCUCCUCCACCUCUGGGGGCUCCUCCCCCUCCCCCACCAUCAGUGCCCCCGGUAAGUACGGACACUUCCAGCUUGAGAAAGGCGGAUCCCAAAGGUCGGAGUGCACUGUUGGCUGAUAUCCAGCAAGGAACUCGCCUACGAAAAGUCACGCAGAUCAAUGACCGCAGUGCACCGCAAAUCGAGAGUUCUAAAGGAACCAGCAAAGAAGGAGGAGGGUCUGCAAACUCUCGAGGCGGAAGCACACCCCCAGCCCUGGGAGAUCUGUUUGCUGGUGGUUUUCCUGUGUUGCGACCAGCAGGCCAGAGGGAUGCAGCAGGUGGCAAGACAGGGCAGGGCCCUGGCUCCCGAGCGCCUUCUCCUCGGCUGCCCACCAAAACCAUCAGCGGCCCACUGACCGCCCCUGCAUCUCCCAGGCUAGGCAAUGCAGCCGAGGCGCAUGGCGCUGCCAGGACAGUCCCUCCUCGCCCCAGCGUGCCCGCGCCACCUCCUCCCACCCCACCCCCACCUCCUCCACCCUUACCCCCACCUCUGCCCCCUUCCUCCCCCAUCAAAGCUCUGCUGGUGUCCCCCCCUGGCCCACCGACCAAAGGGAACCCCCCGGUGGUUGCACCCCCUCUGCUAUGCGCGCCGCCCCCUCCGCCGCCGCCCCCUCCCCCCACCCCGCCCCCACCUCCCCCGGCCUCCAUUCUCAGUGACAAGGCGGUGAAGCCUCAGCUCGCCCCCUUGCACCUACCGCCCAUCCCACCCCCACUCCCUCUCCUCCCACCUUGUGGGUAUCCCGGGCUCAAUGCGGAUGCUGCCAGCCCCACCCAAGACGUUCGAGAACUGCGUCCUGCGCCCCGCCACCCCGACACCCCACUCCCCCUUUAUGCCUCCUGUACCCCGAGGUCCUCUAUGCCUGCGCCCCCUUUGCCAGGCGCUAACAACAGCAUUGAAGCCCCACCUCCGCUGCCCCCCAAGUCCCCCAGCGUCCAGGCACAGCCACCGAAGCCCAGCGGGCAGACUUUGCCCGCGCCGCCCGCCCUGCCGGCGUCUCAGCCCUACCUGCAGAAGAAGAGACCGGGCCGAGGCCCAGGGACCAGUGGGGGAAAGCUAAAUCCACCCCCAGCACCCCCUGCGAGAUCACCCACCACGGAGCUUUCCAGCAGGAGCCAGCAGGCCCCAGCCUGGACUCCGACACAGCAGCCCAGCGGUCAGCUGCGGAACGGAACCCUGCACAUCAUCGAUGACUUUGAGUCUAAAUUCACGUUCCAUUCUGUGGAAGACUUUCCUCCUCCGGAUGAGUAUAAACCAUGCCAGAAGAUUUACCCCAGCAAGAUCCCCAGAAGCCGUACACCUGGUCCCUGGCUCCACGCCGAGCCGGCCGGGCAGGGCUCCGAUGACAUCAAGGGCAGAAACUCUCAGUUAUCUCUAAAGACACUCCGGUGAGAAGACGGAUGGUGCUGAGGUCCUGUGGGCCACCUAAGGGUCCACACCGCGGGCUGAGCAUCCCCAGGAGAGCGUGUCUGACCCCACCAUACUCAAGUUGUAAUUCAUUCGACAUUCAGGCUCUGAAUGGAGCAUUUAUUUAUUGUAAAUACGUGGUUUGCACAAGCUUUAAAUCAAUAUUAUAGUUGACUUUUGAGUAAUUUAAAAAAAAAUCCAUACGCACCAUUUCAACAUUUUUUAAAAUGCAUCUUGACAUUCGUCUGUCAGUCCAGAUAGAGCCCUGUUCCCACCCCAUAGAGUCCAUUCCAUGACUGUAAAUAUGCGUGCGAGCUGGCUCUUCCUAGAUUCUGAAUCGUUUUUAGAAGAACCCUUAGUUUGCAGAUAGUUCUAACGUCAUAGUAUCCACAACGGCUUCUUAUUGGCAUGAUUUUAUAUUCUCAUCACACCAACUGCAAAAUCAAACCAAAUAAUGCCUUACAAACGAUGCAGCUCAGAGAGAGUAGUGUGUCCCCACACCCAGACAAUACCACGCAGCCUCCAGUGAACGAGAUGCCACAUCUCGCUUCCGAUUUGCAGUACAGGGAUUUUUUUUUUGCUGCCUAAUGUAAAUGUAAAUAUAACACAAAAUAAAGGCAAGAGUGGGCUUGGCCCCUCCAGUGCCGACCGCAGGGCCCCUUUUGUAACUGAAUGGGCCUACAAGUAGCCAAUGCUCUGACUGUUUACAGUGCCCCUGUGCCCAAGCCUCCGUGACUUUCCUCCUGGCCCCUCCAAGCUCCCAGCCCCAUCUGGUAGCGAGGGUGAGGCGACAUGAGCUUUAUGAGAUUUCAGUAUUUUCCCUGCAAGUUAGAAACAUACAUAACUCAUUAUUAUAGCAAAUUACUAAUUCUAUCUCAGAGGUCUUUUUUUUUCUCCCCUAAAUGCAGGAUUUUUAUGUAAACUAUGACAUGAAAAAAUGUAGACCGAAAGGUAUUAUGAAAUAUCUGCCUCAAGUAUCUGGUGCCCCACCCCCACCCUGAGGAAACCUGGAACCACCUAUCCGGCAAAACCUAGCUCCUUUCUGAGAACUGGUCCAAGAGCUCCCGUGCCCUGUAGCGGGCACCUCUCUGUGGAGGGAGAACUGUGUGAGCUUAGCCACCUCUGAAAGUGGACCGGUCAGGACAGGCUGGACUGCAGCUUCACUCCUUCUCUCGAGCUGGCGAGGGAAUGGACGUGUGCUUUUGCUUCCCGCCUGACCCCAGAUGCUCCCAUCCUUGGAGAGGAAGGUUGUGACAGAGGAAGGAGAAAAAGUAGAAGGAAACAAACAGAUCUCUGGUCUAUGCUCAAAAUAGCUUCAGAUUAAAGGAAAUCAGGGAGGAAGAGGCAGGAAGACCAGUGAAAAAUAAGUUUCCUUUGAAACAACCCAUGCAUGUGCUCACACCUCAAGGAUAUCAUGCCCAGACCAAGCCAUCCAAAAUAGGUAGACGGUUGUUAGGAGGGUUUUGGUGAACGUACUGCAGACACCCAGCUGUUGUCAGGAGUAAAGACCAAGAUGGUGGAUGGUCUCCCACAUUAUUGUUGUGCUUUCUUUCUCCUUCCAGAUAGAAACAACUGAGCAGGUCAAGUUCCCUUCCCUGGGGAAUAAAUCAUGCCAAAUUGUAAUAGCUAAAUCAAUGGGAAAGAAGCUUUUGCAGGUCAUCAGCUCUGGGUUUAGCUAAUUUGCUUUAUUGGUUCUGGAAGGUUUCAGAAAGGUCAGAGUUUCUUUAUUGUAACAGUAUCCACUCCACCUCCCUCGAAGUUGCAUAAAAUAAUUACAAAGUUUUAAUUAUCCUGAUUAAGAAGGCCCUAGACAAAGGCAAUGCCACCUUCAGAGUAGAUUGCCUGCCCUGAUGAGGUGUUCAUGCAUUCAUGUUUUGCACCACGGGGAUGGAGAUUAAAAAUAAAACUAUUCAAGGACAGAGAGAAGGAAUGAGCAGAAACCAAAAAUUGCAAUUAGGGAGAAAUCUCAGGACUCUGGCAUCACACCCCUCCUAGACCCAGCACUGAAUUCAUGCCCUCUGAACUCAGGCCGGGGCACCGAGUUCCCUCUGGCAGGACGAAGGCUUCGCCCCUCGCCCAUCAGCUCGUGUGUAGAACAUCCGAGUCAUGCGCCCCACAUCCUUGCAUAUUCUCGCUGACACGGUCGUCUGAGACUCCCCCAACGUGUCCCAUGUAUUUUAUAUUUAUUGAUGUUCCAUCUGCAGAUUCAUUUCUUUGUACCUAAUAAACUUUAAUAAGUGGAAA